GCCCACCUACAUUAAAGAGGAAGAGGAGGAUCCACAGCACACCCACAUGAAAGAGGAAGAGGAAGAUCCACACAUGAAAGAGGAAGAGGAGGGAGAGUGUGUUGUAGGGCAGGAGGAGGAUGAUGUCAGCAAGUUUCCACUGACUGUUGUCUCUGUGAAGACUGAAGAGCAUGAAGACAAAGCACCUGAGUCCUCACAGCUUCAUCACAGUCCAAACGUCCAGCGGGUGUCAGCGGGGAGUCAUGAAGAGGAGUGGCACACCAGUGUGGGACAGAAGGAGCUACAGGCCCCCUCCCACAUUAAAGAGGAGCAGCUUCAUGAUGAAGAUGAAGCUCAGUCCUUACAGCUUCAUCACAGUCAAAGUGAGGAGAACAGAGGGGCGGAGCUUGUAAGUCAACACAUCACAGAAGCUGAUGGAGAGCAUUGUGAAGAUAUCAAGUCAGAACCAGACAGCAUCUUUGCUCCACUGUCAGACAUGGACCACAUGUCUGACAGUGACAUGUCUGACUCUUCUGAUCACAGUGACCACAUCCAAAAACCUUUGGAGAGUAAAAAUGACUCUAAAGGUGAUACGAGACAUCACACUAACAACAAACACUUUGAGUGCUCUGAAUGUGGGAAAUCAUUUAGAAAGAAGAGUCAUUUUACAGAACACAUGAGAACACAUACUGGAGAGAAACCUUUUGCUUGCUCAGCUUGUGCUAAAAGAUUCAAAACUAAGAAGGAAAUGAUAUUACACAUGAGAACACACACAGGUGAGCAAUCUUUUGCUUGCUCUGUUUGUAAGAAGAGUUUCUCCAGAAAGGAACACAUGACCACACACAUGAGAACACACACUGGAGAGAAACCUUUUGCUUGCUCAGCUUGUGCUGAAAGUUUCAACACUAAGAAGGAACUUAUAUUACAUGUGAGAACACACACAGGUGGUAAACCUUUUACUUGCGCCGUUUGUAAGAAGAGUUUCUCCAGAAAGGAACACAUGACCAGACACAUGAGAACACACACUGGAGAGAAACCUUUUGUUUGCUCAGCUUGUGCUAAAAGAUUCAACACUAAGAAGGAAAUGAUAUUACACAUGAGAACACACACAGGUGAGCAAUCUUUUGCUUGCUCUGUUUGUAAGAAGAGUUUCUCCAGAAAGGAACACAUGACCACACACAUGAGAACACACACUGGAGAGAAACCUUUUACUUGCUCUGUUUGUAAGAAGAGUUUCUCCAGAAAGGGUGACAUGACCAUACACAUGAGAACACACACUGGAGAGAAACCUUAUGCUUGCUCAGCUUGUGCUAAAAGAUUCAACACUAAGAAAGUCAUGAUCACACACAUGAGAACACACACAGGUGAGAAACCUUUUACUUGCUCUGUUUGUAAGAAGAGUUUCUCCAGAAAGGGUGACAUGACCACACACAUGAGAACACACACUGGAGAGAAACCUUUUGCUUGCUCAGCUUGUGCUGAAAGUUUCAACACUAAGAAGGAACUUAUAUUACAUGUGAGAACACACACAGGUGGUAAACCUUUUACUUGCGCCGUUUGUAAGAAGAGUUUCUCCAGAAAGGAACACAUGACCAGACACAUGAGAACACACACUGGAGAGAGACCUUUUGUUUGCUCAGCUUGUGCUAAAAGAUUCAACACUAAGAAGGAAAUGAUAUUACACAUGAGGACACACACAGGUGAGAAACCCUUUGCUUGCUCUGUUUGUAAGAAGAUUUUCUCCAGAAAGGAACACAUGACCACACACAUGAGAACACACACUGGAGAGAAACCUUUUACUUGCUCUGUUUGUAAGAAGAGUUUCUCCAGAAAGGGUGACAUGACCAUACACAUGGGAACACACACUGGAGAGAAACCUUUUGCUUGCUCAGCUUGUGCUAAAAGAUUCAACACUAAAAAGAAAAGUAUAUUACACAUGAGAACACACACUCUAGAGAAACCUUUUGCUUGCUCAGCUUGCGCUAAAAGAUUCAACACUAAGAUUGAAAUGAUGUUACACAUGAGAACACACACAGGUGAGAAACCUUUUUCUUGCUCUGUUUGUAAGAAGAGUUUCUCCAGAAAAGAACACAUGACCACACACAUGAGAACACACACUGGAGAGAAACCUUACACUUGCUCUGUUUGUAAGAAGAGUUUCUCCAGAAAGGGUGACAUGACCAUACACAUGAGAACACACACUGGAGAGAAACCUUUUGCUUGCUCAGCUUGUGCUAAAAGAUUCAACACUAAGAAGAAAAUUAUAUUACACAUGAGAACACACUCAGGUGAGAAACCUUUUACUUGCUCUGUUUGUAAGAAGAGUUUCUCCAGAAAGGAACACAUGACUACACACAUGAGAACACACACUGGAGAGAAACCUUUUACUUGCUCUGUUUGUAAGAAGAGUUUCUCCAGAAAGGGUGACAUGACCAUACACAUGAGAACACACACUGGAGAGAAACCUUUUGCU